AUGAAAGAGCAGACGAAAGAGCAGACGAAGGAGCGGACGAAAAGGCAGACCAAAGAGCAGACGAAAAACCAGACGAGCGAGGAGAGGCGGCCGAGUGACCUGGGGAGGCUGGUGGAGGAGACAAGGUUGGCGGAGGAUGACAGCACGAUUCAGGAGCGGAAGUUGAGUGUGGCGCGGAGGUGGGCGGAGAGGCUGAGUGAGGACGGGGGGGGACCUGAAGAUCCAGGUGGGGGGAGUCCGACAGACGAUGAUGAGAGGCCAAUUUCUUUGAUUGACUUGGAAGCUACAGAAUUGCCAAGAACGACCAAGAAGAGACAUGUUACCGAGGAGUUUUCGAUGACUCCGGAUGGGAUGGCGGAGGCAGAAGAGGAACUGGCAGAGGAGGAGAGACAUGUUACCGAGGAGUUUUCGGUGACUACGGUUGGGAUGUUGGAGGCAGAAGAGGAGCUGGCAGAGGAGGAGAGACAUGUUACCGAGGAGUUUUCGGUGACUACGGUUGGGAUGUUAGAGGCAGAAGAGGACCUAGCGAAUACGGAGACAAGUUGGUCUAUAGACUGGACAGUAACUUCGAGUGAGCUAGCGGAGCUAAAAAAGGAGGAAGCAGAACGGAUGGCAAAGGAGGAUAGGGAGAUCGCUGAGGAACAUACGAUUCAAUUGGCGAUGGAGGAUGAUUACUACAAUACCACGGUACGAACUUACGAUCUGAUACUGCAAGGUUAUUGUAAUGACAUACUAUAUGCUGCGGUUUGGAGGGAACAGGAAUGGCCCCAAGGUCCCCUGUAUAGCUCAAUCUUGGCUCCCGUACGGAAAGAAAACGCUAUGGAGGCUGGUGUAGGUAACACAGACGCAAGAGACAAGAAAGCCAUAGAGGCUCCUGCUGAUGGCGGUGCUGCGGGGGUACCUGUCGCUGCUCCAGCUGGAAAUGAUAAACCUUUACCGAUGGCCGGAGUUCUAGAAUCUGACAGGCGCGGAGCAAUGGAUACAGGAACUGUUACCAUCCCAACAAAACUUGUUCCACGAACUGACUAUGAUAAGGUUCUAUUAGGAAUGGAGGAUGUUGCUUUCAUCCAAGAGGUGGCGGACGCUUGUACGGAAAAUGUUGAGAGACGGAUGGAAGGCGGCAAGAUUUAUCUAGCCGUGAAGGCUGCUAUGGGAGAUGAGUGUGUAGGAACUUAUCAGUGUAUUUCUGGUCAGAUGGGACUUGUCAUUACAAAUUUUAUCAUAUGUUUUGUUGGGGCGGUGUUGAAUCCACUUCAAAAGGAGCAACAUGAAAUCAAGUUGGAAAGGAAGCUUGCAAGUACACAAGCUUGGAUAAAAGAAUCUGGGGCAGCUUUGGCAACUCUGUGGCCAGGAGAUGUUUUGGGACCAACUGCGUGGCCAGAAGACGCCCAGGCACUAACUGGUGGUGGUUUAGAGGUUGAUGAUUUUGGGGGGUUAAAUGAUGCCCAGACUCCACUACCAACACUUGACACGCCGGAUAUCUCACAGCCGUCUAAUAGAAGGAGAGGGACUGGGCGUGCAAGCAGAAGCGGGAAAGUCAUGGGGAGAAGGAGAGCAAGGGGGGGUGUUGUUGAGGGCUUUGCUGAGGAUUUAAAUAAUGCCGAAGCUCCUAUACUGCCACCAGUGAGCAAACCUCUUGACCCGGAAGCGUCAUGCAACGAUGGGAGUGCGAAAAGGGGAGGGAGACCCAGAGGGAGUAGGGGGAGGGGUAAGAAUAGGGGGAGAGAUGUUGGGAGAGGUGGUGGGUGUGCCGAGACCUCGACACUACCACGGCUAGUCGAUCAAUCUCUCAUGCACAAUGGCCCCCAACUUAACAAGGGGAAUAGGCCAAUCGCGCCGAAGGCUAUGGGGGGUUUAACUGGAGGUGCCGUUGAGGCGGUUGCUGAGGACCCUAUAUUACCACAAGUACUCGAUAAAUCUCAAGUUCGCGAUGGCUCCCAACUCGGUAUAAAAACCAGGCAAAGUGCCCCUUUGGCUAUGGAAAAUCACUUACAAACAACUGAGGGUGUAGCUAGGGGAUUUUGUGGGACUCCUCUCCCACCGCCAGCACUUGAUAAAUCUCAAGUCCACGAUGGCUCCCAGCUUGGUAUAAAAAGCAGGAAAAGUGUCCAUUGGGCUAUGGAGAGUCACUUGCAAACAACUGAGGGUGUAUCCAGAGGAUUUCAUGGGAGUUCUAUCUCGUCGCCAGCACUUGAUAAAUCUCGCAUGUACGAUAGCUCACAACUUGGCGUUAAAACCAGGCAAAGUGCCACUGAGGGUGUCGUUAGGGGUUCCGCCGAGACUCGUACACUACCACCGACAGUUGACAAAUCUCGCAAAUCAGAUUCUUCCAAACUAGGCAAGAGGAAAAGGGGAAGUGACUCUCAGAUUAUCGGAAGUCGAACAACUGAGGGUGACACUGAGAGUUCUGCCAAGUCUCCUAUACUACCACCGACAGUUGACAAACCUCGCUUGCCAAAUGCUUCGCAACUAGGCAAGAGGAAAAGGGAAAGUGACUCUGAAGCUGUCGGGAGUCAUCUGCGAACAGCUGAGGGUGCCGUUGAGGGUUCUGCCGAGGUUUCAGCCGAGGGUUCAAAGGAUGCCGAGACCCCUCUACGAUCAUCAUCUGGCGCAGAUUCCCGGUCAGAUGCCUCACACCUUGACUCCCUUCCAGUGCUAUCACCUCAGCCAGUCAACUCCAACAAACGGAGCUUACGUCCUGUUCAGUUGUUCAGUAACCACAAUUUGAUUGUACCAAUCGACACCAUGGCUCGGAAGAUCAAGUCUGAGAACCUCGAUGAAGGGGAUGGCUCGUAUAGAAGCAGGGCAUCUUCACCAACCACACCCAAAAGAACAACACGCAGCUCUUCCAAGCGCCCUUCGGAUGUAGCGAAACUGUCAGAGAGGUCCCCCGGUUCAAACAAAAAACAGAGAAAGUCAGUGAAGCCAAUCCCUAUCCAAGACGACGAAGACGAGGACAACGAGUCAGAUGAUCACGGAGACACGACUGGAGAGCACACCGAAGGGGCAGAAGAUGAUGAUGAAACAAUGGUUGAAAAGCAACUGGUGUCCGUUCAGAAAGAACAACAGCGAAAGGCCAACAUGCUUAGAAAUGAGGAGCUCACAAGAAAGCAAGAGGAUAACCGUCGACGGGAGCGAGAGCGCCAACUGCGCAUGAAGGAGCACCGCGACGAAUUGCGCCGCCAGGAGCAGCAGCGUCAGGAGCAAGAGCGCCAGGAGCAGGAGAGACAAGAGCAGGCCCGUCAAGAGCAGGGGCGUCGGGAGAAGGAGCGUCAGAAGCAAGAGCGUCAGGAGCAGGAGCGCAAGAAGGGGUUAUUCCAACAGCAGGAAAGCAUUGCUAUGAUGCAUAGAGUGAAACAACAAAUGGACCAAGCUCGUCUAGCAAAGGAACGCAAGGAAGCCAGAGAGGAACGCGAUCGCCGACUCGCCGAAGAGCAGGAAGCUCAAGAACAAGACGCUGCUGCAGCCAAGAGGCUGAGAGGAGAGGAGGAGGAAAGUGAUGAUGACUAUGAGGAUGGUGAUGACGAGGAUGAGAGCGAAGAAGAGGGCCUGAAAGCGGGCGUGAAGAAAACCAAAUCUGAGGAAGAGAUCGAGGAUGAAAGCGAAGAUGAUGAAGACGAAGACGAGGACAGCGAGGAAGAAGGCCAGAAACCGAACGAAGAAGACGCCAAAGCCGAGGAGAACAGGGAUGGAGACAGCGACGAAGACAGCUACGAUGAUGAAGAUGGUGCCUAUGACGAAAAGGAAGAGAAAAUAGACAAGAAUCCCGUCCUCGGCGCUAAUGUCCCCAAACUCGCCAAACCUCUCGUUGCCGGAGAUGGCUGUGCAUGUCUCCGAUGUCUUAAGAAUCUUGCAGUCAGCCCAGUCUUCUCCUGUGAUUUCACAGAUAACCCACUAAAGUGCAAGAGAUGCAGCAGCCUUGGGGGAGGCUGCAUUCCAGUUCCUGCUUCUGUCCUUGACGCAGCGCGCAAGCUGUCUAUGCUCCAGAAAUUUCACGAUGCCGCUGACCCGAAGACCCGCGAAGCCAUCCGCAUACGUGUAAAAGCCGAUGCAGAUGCGAUUUCCGAUAAGAUCCGCCUUGAGGAAACUAAUCGCAGACAGACUCGCGACGAUAGAUAUCGCGCCAUCUUGGUGGGGCAAGUAGGAAUCAAAAACAAGCAGGAUGAGAUCCUCAAACUUCUCCGCGCCUCACUGUCCAGCCGUCAAGCUGAUGGCACCGGCUCCGUUGUUCCAGGUCGAGUGGGCAAAGGAAAGAAAGGGGCACAUAAAAGAGCACAGAAAAGAGCGAAGAAAAGAUCAUAA